CAUUAUUUCCUUCUAUCAACUCUUUUUAAAACAUCGAUUUAGCAAUAACAAACAAUUGAAGAAAGAUAGGAGGCAGUUAAAUACUCGCAAGCUUUCCUUGCAUACUACCCAUCUAUUCCUAAGGAUAACACGCGCAUAAAACAGUGACAGCAUGCCUUCAUCCAUAUCUUCACAAUCAACACGAAAUGAGCAAAUCCAAAUGAAGUCAGUUGAGGAUUCAUCACAACCUCAGAUUAAUCCUCAAAAGACAGAGGUUGACAGUCUGGAUGUUGAGCGUCAGGGAGCUGCACCCCCUGUCCCUGCGAUUAGCCGUAAUGCUGCAAUCCUUCUCUUCAUCGGACUUGCUAUGGCUACAUUCCUGGCUAGCUUAGAUGGUACCAUUAUUGCUACAGCUCUUCCCAAGAUUGCCUCAGACUUUCAAGCAAGUUCUCAAAUGAGUUGGGUCGCCACCUCCUAUUUACUCACAUACAAUGCUUUCCAACCUUUGUACGGCAAAUUCAGUGACAUCUUUGGCCGCAAGUUGAUGAUUCUGUUUGCCUGUGUGACAUUCAUGGUUGGAUCAGCAGGUGCUGGAGGAGCCAAUUCGAUGACCGUACUGAUUGUCUUCCGAGCAAUCCAGGGUCUAGGUGGAUCUGGACUGUUAUCGAUUGUUUUGAUCAUUAUCUCGGAUAUCUUCCCAUUGGAAGAGCGUCCCAAGUACCAAUCCAUCAUUUGGUCAGUCUUUGGUAUCUCUUCAGUCAUCGGUCCUCUGUUGGGAGGUGUCUUUGUUGAAGAGACCACUUGGCGUUGGUGCUUCUUGAUCAAUUUGCCCUUGGGGGUGGUCACGAUUGCUUCGGUCUUGAUCUUCCUGCGCUUGCCAUUCGAGCGCCAGGAUCUGAAGACACAAUUGGCUCGUAUCGAUUAUAUGGGUACCGCACUUAUCAUUGCCGCUGUCAUCUGUCUGUUGUUGCCUAUUACCUGGGGCGGUACGACAUAUGCAUGGGGAUCACCUGUGAUCAUCACAUUGUUUUGUGUCGCUGCAGUCUUGAUAGCUCUGUUGAUAUGGAUUGAGAGCCGAGCAUACGAGCCAGUCAUUCCACCAAGGUUGUUCUUGAACAUGAAUGUGACCAUACUGUUCGGAGUCAAUUUCUUGACAGGCAUGGCCUUUUUGGGUGUGAUCUUUUAUGCACCCAUCUAUUUCCAAGUCGUUAAGGGGGUUGGAGCGAGAAGUUCAGGAUUGCAUUUGAUGCCUAUGGUCUUGGGUCUCGUGGUCUCGUCAAUUGCCUCUGGGGCUGUGAUAGCCAAGCUUAAGGAUUAUCGCAUUUUCAUCUGGAUUGGUACAACAGUAAUGUCUGUCGGUGUUGGUCUGUGCACGUUGUUGGCAUAUGAUUCGAAUAUGGGUGAACAGAUCGGAUACCUGUUGAUUGUGGGCUUGGGUAUCGGAUUGAUCUUGCAGACCUGUAUGCUGGCAGCUCAGGCAUCGGUUGAGAAGGAGGACAUGGCGGUAGUGACAGCUUUGUGUGGAUUCUUCAACAGUAUUGGAGGAGGGAUCGGUAUCGCGAUGUGCUCAGCGCUGUUCAACAACCAUCGAGACAGUCUCUUCAAUAGCUAUCCCAAGGAAGCACAGGCGGUGCUUGAAGCGUUUCAUAUUAGAGAAUCGACCGAAGCAGUUAAGUUGUUGCAAAUGGAUAUCAAAGACAUGGUGGUUAUGACCUAUGUGGACACAUUCCAGUUCAUUUUCAAGUGCAUUACACCUAUUGCCUGUGCUGCCUUCUUGUUAUCGCUGUUCAUUCGCAAGUUGCGUCUCUUAGAUCCUUCCGAGAUCAUCAUGGGCGCUGCUUAA